UAGGACAUUUUCCCUUGCUUUUCUUUCUCCCCUCCCAGUAUCGUUGCCCGCGCAGGCGCCAUGGGCGGGGACGGGGACAGCUGCCCCCCAUCAAGUAAAUAAAUAAAAAUUACUAACUAAACUAACUGACCAAUUGCAUCGCAGAUAAUUUGGUUCUGCCCCCCCAAAAAACGCAAGGCCUCCCCACCCCCAAUAAAUCUUGGCUACGUCCCUGACAGGCGCCCCCGACCAAGAGACUUGUGCAACGGUUUUAAAGUGGCAAGCGGUCUUUUGCACGCCUACUCGGGAGUAAGCCUGAUUGAAUCCCUUGGGGUUUACAAGAAUAAAUAUGCACGAUAUAUCGGCUUGCCUAACAGAAUCGCUCGGCAGCCUGUGUCCUACCUAACGAAAGAUGACCGUGAUAGUGCGGGGGACUUUUAUUCUGACACCUUAGACUGGGUAGGUGGACAAGCGGGCACAUCGGAUGUCAUUAUUUGGCAGCAGAUAAAAGUCACUGGCCUUAUUAAUACUAAGCAGAGAGCUACUAUGAUUGUAGUCUGUGUUAGUGAAUGGCUGGCUUCCCCCACCAGCACUGGUUAAAAACACCUCAGGUGAUACCAUCUUUUGACAACAGGAAUUGCCAUCAUCAAGACAGCCACACUCUGCUGAGGCAGGGAUUCUGUUCCACCCAGGAACCUAGCCGAGAAAGGCCACAAAAUUUAUCAGCUUAUUCUUUCCAGCCACCAACCCAAAGCCCUUUUUUCACCUUCUAAAACACAGGACAAUUGUGAAAUCUUCCCCAUGAGUGUCAGUAACCUCCCAUCCGUGUCCUCUAUGUAUCAACCAAGCAUGUUUAACUAUGAGCGUCCAAAACAUUUUAUCCAGUCUCAAAAUACAUAUCAAGGGAAACCACAGCCUCCAGGACCAGAAACCUCUACUACGCUUCCAAGCAGGCAAACCAAACAGUCUUCCAUUCUAAUCCAGCCUUGUAAUCCUAAUGAGAAGAAGUUUUCUUCCUCUUCAUCGCUGAGCUCGCCAAUCUCACUCUCCUCACCUUCAUAUAGUGCUUCAUUUCCCGUAACACCUGCAUCUGCACAGUCUCCUGCUAGCUCCUCAUCUGGGCAGAGGAUUUCAUCCAUGCAUAACCAGUCCCCUGCGGCAUUCCUUUGCUCCGUGUUGCCCUCCCACUUUGAUUAUAAUAGCCAAGGUCCUUCCUCAGUGGAGUCAAAUUAUUCGAAGCCUAUGUACAAGAAGCAAACCAGCAGCACCAAACCAGUGCAGAAGACAUCUGACAGAGAGAUACAAGGAACGAAAGACGCCCUCAUUCAAGACUUGGAAAGGAAACUACGAUGUAAAGACAGCCUUCUCCAUAACGGGAACCAACGUUUAAGCUACGAGGAGAGAAUGGCUCGCAGGUUACUUGGACCAGAAAAUGCUGCAUCUGUGUUUGAACCACAGAGUGAAGAAAAUGUACAGGAUGCACAACAGCAGAACUUGGAAAGCACACGACUGCACGUUCCUUCAGCACAAGCAAGGAGCAGGCCAUCUUCAAGAGGGGAGAGGAAUGAGCAAGGGUCAAUCCAGGAGAAAUUUUUUCAACCACGUUUUGUACAAGUGCCUGAAGACAUAACAGUUGAAGAAGGAAGAUUUUGCAGGAUUGAUUUCAAGGUCAGCGGCCUCCCAACUCCAGAUGUGGCAUGGUACCUAAACGGAAGAUUAGUUCACCCAGAUGACUUCCAUAAAAUGAUUGUAUCUGAAAAAGGCUUCCACUCAUUCAUUUUUGAAGUCGUCAGGGUCUAUGAUGCUGGAACAUGGGAGUGUGUGGCUUUCAACCGUGCUGGAGAAGCUUCCUUUACAGUAAAGCUAGAUGUCAUUGCUCGAGAACAUCGGAAAGCCCCAACAUUCAUCUUUAAACCUCAAAGCACAAGAGUUUAUGAGGGGGAUUCGGCCAGACUUGAAUGCCAAGUGUCUGCUAUCCCCCCACCACAAAUAUACUGGAAGAGAAAUAAUGAAAUGGUACAAUUCAAUACAGACAGAAUCAGUAUGUUUCAUGAUACCUCUGGGAAGGUUUGCUUGCUGAUCCACAAUGUAAAUAAGAAAGAUGCUGGUUGGUACACAGUAUCUGCUGUCAACGAGGCAGGAGUGGCAACAUGCCAUGCCAGAUUGGACGUGGCUACUCACACAUACAAGCCAGUUCCAAACCCCAAACCACUGAAGGUUCGACCAACUUUUAGCAAAUACUUGGCACUCAAUGGUAAAGGUCUAGAUGUGAAACAAGCUUUCUUCCCGGAUGAAGGAGAGUUUCAGCGUAUGGCAGCACAGUCUGGACUCUAUGAGAGCGAUGAACUUUAACUGGCAACGGGGAAGAAACUUUCACUCCUGCAACAGACGUUUAUGAACAGCACAUGCAAUUAUGGGGGUUAUUGCGCUGAUAAGCAAACAUACCUAAUAUAUUUUUAUUUAUUAUUUAACUCCUGCUCUUAGUUCUGCUGUUGUGAUUAUACUAAGUCUGAUUUUUAUAAAUGUGUGUGACUGUAGCAAGAAGGAGAUCCAAAUGUUUGUAUUUUUAAUUUUAAAGGCCAAGAAACAAGGCCAGUGGAUGAUCAUGAAAGUGUAGAUGGUUUGAAUGCAUCUAGAUUCAGUCACAAUAUUUUUAUUUGUACUGCUUUGUUAAUACCAUGCCCCAUAGUAUUAUAAUUUUCUGCUGCCUGGCUAUUAAACAUAACUUGAGUGCUUUUAAUGAAAGUUUUAUGUCUGAUGCAAAUAAAAUUUUAAAUAUAA